GGGAGGCGGGAAUUCGUCUGGGUGUUGCGGAGAGGGCUGCUGAGACCUGGAGUGGAGAAAAGUUAGGAAUCUGAAGUAAACAAAGCAUGAUGUCUUCAGCUGAAUAUACAAUUGGUGGGGUGAAGAUUAACUUUCCUUAUAAAGCUUAUCCAUCACAGCUUGCUAUGAUGAAUUCUAUUGUCAGAGGAUUAAACAGCAAGCAGCAUUGUUUAUUGGAGAGCCCCACAGGAAGUGGGAAAAGCUUAGCCUUACUUUGUUCUGCUUUAGCGUGGCAGCAGUCUCUUAGUGGGAAGCCAGAGGAUGAAAGCCUAAGAAAGAAAACUGAAGUACCAUUGUCAUGUUGUUGUUCGUGCCAUUCAAAGAAUUUUGCAAACAGUGAUGUGCACCAGCGAACUUCGUAUCAUUUCAGCCCUCCAAGUACACCACCUUCUGAAAGAAAUGGCACUUUGUCAGGUUCUCAAGACUCUCCUGAAAAAACUACACUGGCUGCAAAGCUAUCUGCUAAGAAGCAGGCAUCUAUGUACAGAGACGAAAAUGAUGAUUUUCAAGUAGAAAAGAAAAGAAUUCGACCCUUGGAAACUGCACAGCAGAUCAGAAAACGUCAUUGUUUUGAGAAGGAGGUACACCAGUUGGAUGCAAAAGUUGCUUCAGGAAAGACCACAAAACUCAACUCUCCAUUAGGAAAGAUAAACUCCAUGUCUCCACAGAAUCCCCCUGGUCACUGUUCUAGGUGCUGUUCUACUAAACAAGGAAACAGUGAAGAUUCUUCAAAUACCACUAAGAAGGCUCAUGGAGGGAAGUCCAAGAUACCCAAAAUAUAUUUUGGGACACGCACACACAAGCAGAUUGCUCAGAUUACUAGAGAGCUCCAGAGAACAGCGUACUCAGGGGUCCCGAUGACUAUUCUUUCCAGCAGGGAUCAUACUUGUGUCCAUCCGGAAGUAAUAGGUAACUUCAACAGAAAUGAAAAAUGCAUGGAAUUACUGGAUGGGAAAAAUGGAAAAUCCUGCUAUUUUUAUCAUGGUGUUCAUAAAAUUAGUGAUCAACACACAUUACAGACUUUCCAAGGGAUGCACAAGGCCUGGGAUAUAGAAGAACUUGUCAGCUUGGGGAAAAAACUAAAGGCAUGUCCAUAUUACACAGCACGAGAACUAAUGCAAAAUGCUGACAUAAUAUUUUGUCCCUACAACUAUCUUCUAGAUGCACAAAUAAGAGAAACUAUGGAGAUCAAUCUGAAAGAACAGGUUGUCAUUUUAGAUGAAGCUCAUAACAUUGAGGACUGUGCUCGGGAAUCAGCAAGUUACAGUGUAACGGAAGUUCAGCUUCGGUUUGCUCGGGAUGAACUCGAUAGUAUGAUUAACUAUAAUAUAAGGAAGAAAGAUCAUGAACCCCUACGAGCUAUGUGCUGCAGCCUCAUUAAUUGGUUAGGAGCAAGCUCUGAACAUCUUGUGGAAAGGGAUUAUGAAUCAUCCUGUAAAGUAUGGAGUGGAAGUGAAAUGCUCUUAAAUUUACACAAAAUGGGCAUCACCACUGCUACUUUUCCCAUUUUGCAGGGACAUUUUUCUGCUGUCCUUCAAAGAGAAGAAAAAGUCCCAUCAAUUCAUGGUAAAGAGGAGGCAAGAGAAAUACCUAUUAUUAGUGCUUCAACUCAAAUAAUGCUCAAAGGACUUUUUAUGGUGCUUGACUAUCUUUUUAGGCAAAAUAGCAGAUUUGCAGAUGACUAUAAAGUCGCUAUUCAACAGACUUACUCUUGGAUAAAUCAGAGUGAUACUACAGAUAAAAAUGGAAUCUUGAUUCUAUCAAAAAAUAAGAAACGUUCACGGCAGAAAGCAGCAGUUCAUGUGCUAAAUUUUUGGUGCUUAAAUCCAGCUGUGGCCUUUUCAGAUAUUAAUGGCAAGGUUUGGACAAUUGUUUUGACAUCUGGGACAUUAUCACCAAUGAAAUCCUUUUCAUCAGAACUUGGUGUUACAUUUACUAUUCAAUUAGAGGCUAAUCAUGUCAUUAAUAACUCACAGGUUUGGGUUGGCACCAUUGGGUCAGGGCCCAAGGGUCGCAAUCUCUGUGCUACCUUCCAGCACACGGAAACAUUUGAAUUCCAGGAUGAAGUGGGAGCACUUUUGUUAUCUGUGUGCCAGACUGUUAGCCAAGGAAUUUUGUGUUUCCUGCCAUCUUACAAGUUAUUAGAAAAGUUAAAAGAACGUUGGCUCUCUACUGGUUUGUGGCAUAAUCUGGAGUUGGUGAAGACAGUCAUUGUAGAACCACAGGGAGGAGAAAAAAUUGAUUUUGAUGAAUUACUGCAGGUGUACUACGAUGCAAUCAAGUACAAAGGAGAAAAAGAUGGAGCCCUCCUGGUGGCAGUUUGUCGUGGUAAAGUGAGUGAGGGUCUGGAUUUCUCAGAUGAUAAUGCCCGUGCUGUCGUAACAAUAGGAAUUCCUUUUCCCAAUGUGAAAGAUCUUCAGGUUGAACUAAAGAAACAGUAUAAUGAUCAGCAUUCAAAAUUAAGAGGUCUUUUACCAGGUCGUCAAUGGUAUGAAAUUCAAGCAUACAGGGCCUUAAACCAGGCCCUUGGUAGGUGUAUUCGACACAAGAAUGAUUGGGGGGCUCUUAUUCUAGUCGAUGACCGCUUCAGGAGUAACCCAAGUCGAUACAUAUCUGGACUUUCUAAAUGGGUUCGACAGUUGAUUCAGCACCAUUCAACCUUUGAGAGUGCACUGGAGUCCUUGGCUGAAUUUUCCAAAAAGCACCAAAAGGUCGUUGCUGUGUCCAAAGAAGACAGAAAAUCUAUACAGGACAAUGAGUCUACACUUGGAGUGGCUUGUUCGAAGGAUAGUACCUAUUUUUUAGAAGCAGCAAGCCAUUUAUCACCAGAAUAUGCUAUGGAAGAUGAUCCAGAAUUAUUAGAAGAGUCUGCCCUGGCAGUAGGAGCAGAAAGAAUUGUGAUAUCCAGAUCCACAAGCCCAACCUUCAGCAAACAAACAGACCGAGUUAGCUGGUCUGCCAGUAAUUUGGGGGGGCAGUAUCUCACUGGUAAAAUUCUGACUGGAACCCCUGUGGUUAGGUCAUCGGAGGACUGUGCCUCUACUUCUUCCACUUUCAAAACAGAAAAGAAAUGUGAAACAGUUUUGCCACUCACUGAUAAAUAUGAGUCCUCAUCUCUGACAGUAGACACAUCAUUUGGAGCAUGCCCUCAAUCAGAAACCAUUGUUCCAUCUGCAAGCGUUGAUGCUACUAACCUGAAUUCAGAAGAUCCAGCAAUUCAGUUGUCUGUAGUAAGUGAAGAAGCUGAACCUUCUGCUUCAGAUACAGCUUCUGAAACAGAAGCAGAUGAGUCUAUCUAUUUUACACCUGAACUUUAUGACCCUGUAGAUACAAGUGAAGAGAAUGAACUAGCUGGAGCUGAGAGAGACAAUAGAUUGACUAAUAGUUCAAACUGCAUUUUAAUUGAAGAUCUUUUUGAAAUUAAAACUACAAAAGGAGUGGAUUCAGUUGGAGAAAUGGAAGCUGAGGACCAAAGUUGAAAAGACUCAUGCCUAUUUAAGAAAGUAAAGUUGAUGACCUUGGUAGUAAUGUAAAAACAACUCAUAAAUGAAUUGGAACUGGGACAAUACUCAGGAAAUGGAUAUAAAGAACUUUAAACAGUCUCCUUCCAAAAAUAAAGAUGUGUUCCCUGGUGUUAGGUAAUAAUACUUAACUGUCAAGCUAUAAGAACAUACCCUCAUGCAUAUAUUCAACUAUAUUGUAAAUGAUAAUUUAUAUAUUGGAUAAGUAGCAUGGUUUUGGGGGACUUUUUUAGUUUGAGAUAUAUUUUUCACUUUAAUCCAAAGACUAUAUUAUGGUUAAAAAUACAAGUUUUACUACUCUUGAGUUUUAAUAAAUUUUUUCUUAAAAGAUAUUUUCCUUCAAGAAGUUUUUCUCUGCUAAAUGCUAUAUUGAAUUAAUCAGUUUGGAACAUAUGUAGUUUCCUAGUGCACUUUAAAUUUCACAUGAAUAUUUGUUUUUAUAGUCCUCUUCAUCCAUUUGUUUUCAUACUGAUAUGUAAAAAUUAAUAGCAAUCUAAUCCAGUCACCCAUGGAUCAAAGAUCAGUCUGAGAUUUUUUUUUUUAGAAGUCACAGUCUUCUUGAAAAGUAUAUUCCUAUAUUAAACUGCCUAAUUAUAAGUAAUUAAGAAUUAAGAAAACUACGUGCAUUUCUAAUUGAAAUUGUUUUUUGUUCGUUAAACCUAAAUCAAGCAUGUUUUAAACAAAUUUAUAUAAAAUCAUAAGAUACCAAAUUAAGGACUCCAAAUUUUCAAUUCUGAUUGUUUAGCUUCAUUACCAUUGUGGAAAAUGUGAUCUUUUCUAGCUGAAAGGUUUCAAUUAUGCAGCCAAGAUAGGAAACUUCAAAUAUAAAUUUAAUAAGUAAACCCAAACAUGUAACAGUAGCUGAAAAAUGUUCUGUGGUAUCUCAGUAAUAAGCCUUUCUGUAGAUUUUGACUCUGUGUUUUUAUGAAUGAAGCUGUACUUCUGAUUAAAAAUGGUUAUAAAAGAAGCUCUUCUCUGACAUCAUUCCAAAAAUACAUUGACCGAUCUUUUCCAAGAAACAUCUGUUAUUCAGUAGACAUUUAGGCUUCUUGUGAGUGAUUUGAAUUGAAAUAUUAUGAGUUGUUCAAGUUGUGGAUGUGUUUCAUUAUUUUCAAGUCAAAAUUCUCUGAAGUCAGGUAUCUUUUUAUUUGGGAUAGUGAUUUAUUAUAUAUGAAUAUAUUUACUUUCAUUUCAAUGGCAUUUAGAUUGAAUACAGCUUAAUUGUUUCUAUAGCAUUGGAUGUUACAACUCUGAGCAUAAUUCAAAGAAAUUUAAAUGGAUAAUUUACCAGUUAAAGAUCAUAUCUGUAGAUUGGGAUAUAUUCAGUCCCAUCUAAUAUUAGAUUUUUUUCUUAGGUGAUCAGUAAAAAGUUUCAAACACUGGAUUAGAAGGUAAUUUCUAAAUUGUUUUGAAUGGGUGAAAUCAUUUGUCCUCUUUGGCGUAGUUUCUAAUCCACAGAUAAAGGGUAGGGUGACAGUAGGAAAAGAGCCAGGUGGAAGGCAAGAGACUUGGGCUCCAUUCUUGGCUCUGCCACUAAAAUUUGCCAAGUCAUGCCCUUCGGGGAAUUAGUUUCAUCUGUGAAAUGUGUAGUUUGAUACUAUAAAAUCAUGCAAAUCCCUUUCAACCUUAAAAAUCCAUAAUUUAAAGGAGUAUGUGUUGAUAUUUUAUUCUGAAUCAAUUUUCAUUUGCUUUGUUGCAAAAUGCUUAAAGCAAACCAUUUGUAUAAAAAUAACAUGAAUAAUUGUAUGAAUAUGUGCAUAAUAACCUAGGAAGGAAAAUAUUUUAACAUUGCUAUGAUUAAAAUAUUCCUGAAUGCUUAAAAUUGUCUUUAGAAGAAUUGGUAAACUACUGGAGAAGAACCAAGUACAGCAUUUUUUAGUCAUAUCUUAGUGUGAUUAUCCAAAGGAAAGAAAGUGAAGGUGUUAGUCACUCAGUCGUGUCUGACUCUUUGCGACCCCAUGGCCUGUGGCCCACCAGGCUCCUCUGCCCAUGGAAUUCUCCAGGCAAAAACACUAGAGUGGGUAGCCAUUCCCUUCUCCAGGGAAUCUUCCCAACCCAGGGAUCAAACCCAGGUCACCUGCAUUGCAGGCAGAUGCUUUACCAUCUGAGCCACCAGUGUUAUUAUCCAACUCAAUCUCAAAAUACCAUUCCUUUCCCUAGAUAUAAUUCUUGCCAAAAUCUAAUUUUCUCCAAGGCUAAAAAUUUCAGUUACUGAGAAUGUACAUAGAGAUGUGGCACAAGCUUAUAGUAAUCCCAAGUGGUGUUUCAAAAAUUUUGUACAAUGAUUCCACAGUUGAAACAGCUAUAUCUUCUCCUCAGAUCACAGCUUUGACCAGGAUGGUUUUGCAAGAAGUAAAGUACUAGGUCUUUAUAAGGAGUAUGAGGUAGGACAUUUUCAUUAGUGAUAAAAUACUUUUUAAAGAGAUAUUUUAGAAAGUUCAAGUUAAAACAUAUAAAAGCAUUUAAAAGAGUAUCUGACUUUUGGCAAAUCCUCAGUUAUUACUUGGUAAAUCAAUCAUAUAUGUGGAGCACACUCUUGCUUUAUAUGGAGUCUUCCCUAAUGAUGAUAGAUAUAUAGAUAGGUGAUAAACUGACAAUAAAGAAUCAUUGUAUAGUAGCUCAGUUCUGUCGCUCAGUUGUGUCUAACUCUCUUUGCAACCCCAUGGACUGCAGCACGCCAGGCCUCCCUGUCCAUCACCAACUCACGUUCCUCAAGUCGG